UUUGAUGGCUGCGAAAUCAACAAUUUCUAUUUUCCUUCUUUGUUUGUAAAUUUAUAUAAAAAUUGCUAAGUGUUGAUUAUUUCGUGUAAAUAACUUAAAAUAAAAUUACCAGUGAUAUUUUACGACGAUGUCUUCUAUGGAUUAUGAUCUCUAGCACAAAAUAGUGUUUGUUCAGUUUUUGUAGGACAAGUGAAGUGAAGUGGACGCGAUCUUGGCCCAACUCAUAACAAGCUAAAAAUACUUUUGCUUCGUUAUAUAGCGAUUUGUAAACUAAACUUUCUUUUCUUAUUUGUGAUGUACCCGCAUUCCAUCAGCGCUGAAGAAGACCAGAAGACGAAUCUGAUUCCGAGUGUGAAGCUUCUUCAUUCCAAAAGAAAAGGAAUAUUCAUACACCCGUCGGCUAUGUACAGAAGUAGUGCACCCAGCUGCACGAAUAAUUUUACAGUUUCAAUAGCAAGAAGUUUGUGUGGGUAAAGUCUUAUUGCGUACUAAAUAGAGAAACUGAAAAAAUGAAACUCUUGGAGAGUGGUCGUCUGGAGGCCCUGAGCAGCGCCCUGUCAAUCCUGAACGGUGAUAGCGCUGUUCAGAGCCGCGUAGAGAGCUACAGUUGCAAGAUGGCUGGAACCGAGAAAGCCUUCUACAAACGAUUCACUGCUGAUGGAGAGACCUCCCGUGACCUGCAAGCCCUGUCUCCACCUGAAGGGGUCAUGUAUAGUCGGAGCUUGUCUGGGGAUGAGGAUGGUGUGCUGUGCGACACCAUCUCACGGAAGACACUCUUCUAUUUAAUUGCAACACUGAAUUCUGCCUUUCCAGAUUAUGAUUUUUCAAUGGCAAAGAGCAGUGAAUUCAGUGCGGAGCCGUCACUGAGCUGGGUGCAGGCGGCGGUGGACGGCGCGCUGUCGCCGGUGGGCGGCGCGCGCUGGCGCGGGCUGCGCGCGGCGCUGUGGGCCGCCGUCGACGAGGAGGUGGCGCUGCCCGAGUGCCGCAUCUACAGCUACAGCCCCGACCUGGCCAGCGACCCUUUCGGCGAGCCCGGCUGCCUCUGGGUCUUCAACUACUUCUUCUACAACAAGAAGCUUAAACGGAUUGUUUUUUUCACAUGCAGAGCUAUGAGCCCAGUCUGCGCGGUCGACUCUGGCGUUGAUUUUGCUAUGGACGAAGAUGAGGAGUAUAAUUAAAUUAUGUUUUUCAAAGUCGUUCAAUGUUAAUUUUAAGUAAGAUGUGCACCUCUUAUAUAACUUCUACUUUAAUGAUUAAGAAUAAUUAUUUGUUAACAUUACACUUAAUUUUAUCAACACAUGGGCAAUUAUUUUUGCAGUGGAUGGGUUUUUGCACUUAAAAACGAAUUGCUUAUUUUACCCAUAAGUUAAUUGUAACAAAACAUGUUGAUAUGACUCAU